GUUCACCAACUUAAGAUAAAGUUUUUUUUGCUUGUUUGUUUUCAAACCUCUUUUCUCUGCAAGUUCUUUUCUUCCUCUUCUUUUCUCAACACAUCAAAAACAUGAAGGUGGUGGUGACAUCAAGAGAAACAAUCAAGCCAUCUUCCCCAACUCCAGUCCACAAUCGAAUUUUGCAACAAUCUUUCAUCGAUCAAAUAAACAUCCGAAAUGUUAUCCCAUACAUUCACUACUACACAUCAGACGAUUGUAUCAGACCCACCUCCUCGGAAAAAUGUCACCUCUUAAAGAAAUCCCUCUCCGAGGCCCUGACUCGGUUCUACCCUUUAGCAGGGGGUCUCAGAAGCAAUCUCUAUAUCGAGUGCAAGGACAAUGGUGUCCCCUUCUUGGAAUCCAGAGUCCAAUCCCAACUCUCAAACUUUGUUCGAAACCCUAACUUUGAUGAUCUCAACAAGUUUCUUCCUUGUGAUCAACUAGAUGAUGCCGGCGACAUACCCUUGUCAGUACAAGUCAACGUCUUCGACUGUGGCGUUGUAGCCAUCGGUUCGUGCUUUUCUCACAAAAUAGCAGAUGGGUUGUCUGUAGUGACAUUCCUCAAUUUCUGGGCUAAGCUUGCUAGAGGUGUUGACGUCUCCAAUAUGCCCGUUCCUCGAUUCGACAUGCCACAUUUUUCCCACCAAGAGACAUUUCAGAUUACAAAAGAAGUUCGGGCUCCACGAAAGAGAAGACUGUAGCGAAAAGCUUCGUGUUUAGCGACUCU